GAACAUUUUGUCUUUUUCUGACUUUUAAAAAUCUCAACGAGAUCCUUCCAUCCACUUUCCCUUUUUUAAACUUUGUGAAAUUAUACAACAGAUAACAAAUAUACUUUGAUUUGAACUGAUUCAGACAAAACAUUUAUGAUUAAGCAGAUCCUUGUUUGUCAUGAGUACUGGGUCAAAUUCAUAUCCGCAUACCAUGAUUUAGAGAUUGUGUGUUUGGGGGCAGGAGGGCUCACAUAAUCAGGUUGCAUUACAUGCCACAGAUAAAGAAGAAUGUUGUAAAACAACACACUCUGGAUAGACUGAAAUAACUUCAAAUUCUGUGCCAUGGGUUAAGAGUUUAAUAACUACUAGCUUUAGUAAAUGUUCACUUGAAGUUACUGUUGCACCCCAAGGCAGUGUGAACGCUGGAAACUAGACAGAGACCAAUAAUCAUAUAAUAUCUUUAUUAAAGCAAAUAUAAAUUCAGGAAUGCAUAAGCAGAAAGGAUGAGUGGGAAAUAGUCCUUUGUGCUGAGGUAUGAAUAAGUCCAGAAAGAUGAAGGAAAAUGUCCAAUAUUAUUGUCCAAAGUCUAAAACCGAAACACGCUCAAAGUGUUGGGAAGUUUGAGCGGGGAACAACAAAGAAGCGAGGCUGAAUAACAAGAUCCCCAGUCACUAGGAGAUUGAAAAUAUCAAAGCAGGAACAAGACGAAGUGAAGAUCAAACUUGAUUCAGGAACAAGGCAAGGAAGUGAAUUCACUCCGGUUUAAAAUGGGAGUCGCGGCUUGGCUUGGCCGCCAGAAACAGGAGGCUUGGCUUGGUGAAAACAGGGAACUGGAGUCAGUGAAGUGUUCUCAGGAAAACGCUACGUUGACACCGCAACUUGUCUGUAGUGCAAGGCACUUUUAUAGAACAAAGAUCAGAUCCCAACGAAGGGAGACCAAAUUCCCCAAAAGUUCCCAAGGGAAUCUUCUUAUCCACAAUCCCCUCAAGAUGUGAAGCGGUUACUCCUUCUAAGCUCUUGUUUAUCUGAUCUCUGGUGACGCAAAAACUCGGUUGAAGGGCACGUUCUCUGGGGAACUUUGGACAUCUGGUUUGUCCAUGGGAAUAAUACCUCCAGUAUCUCUCCCAAUUAAGGAAGCAUCUGAACUAUCAACAGCAGGCAGCUGUAAGUUUAAGGAGCUCGAAGAACUGGGCAAAAGGUCAGAAUCAGCUUCAUCCUGGUCAAAGUUCAUUCCUGGAUCAGGUUCAGAAGCCAAAGGUGGCUGGGGUAUGACAGUUACCUUCUUGAUGAUAAACUAUUUAGAUAUUGAAUGACUAACUGAAAACUGAAGAAAUUUGAUCAAAUUUGGUGAAACACCAUACCGGUCAAUUCUGAAAUGGUCUGAAAAGCAGAAGGCGGUGGUCAGCCACCAACAUAAAAGACCAGAGGAGUUCCCUCAGAUGAGAACAGAGUCUUCAAUCUGCCAAAAAAGAACGACAGGUGACAACCUGCAUGAUGGAAUGGACUGUUUCAGUCACCUUCUUUCUUGUUGUCUUCAUUUCUUUCUAUCUGCUACUAUCAUCUAAGAGGAAACGGUUGCACAAGAAGAAGCUUCCUCCGGGACCCACUCCCCUGCCCCUGAUUGGGAAUUUCCUGCAGAUCAAGUCAUCCGAAACCUUAAAAUCUCUUCUCAAGAUUCGUGACAAAUACGGCCCUGUUUUCACCGUCUAUUUUGGAUCACGUCCAGUUCUAGUCUUAUGUGGACAUGAUGCUGUGAAGGAGGCCCUAAUAGACAAGGCAGAACAGUUCAGUGGAAGGAUUACCACGCCUAUAUUCGAGCAGACCUUCCAACAAUAUGGGGUGGUCUUUGCCAAUGGAGAACGAUGGAAGCAACUGCGCCGUUUCUCUCUCACCAUUUUGAAGAAUUUUGGAAUGGGGAGAAAGUCUAUUGAGGAACGAAUUCAAGAGGAGGCCCAAUUUCUGCUGGAGGAAUUUCAGAAAACAAAGGAAAAACCCUUUGAACCCAGCUCUUUCCUCAGCCGUGCAGUCUCCAACAUCAUUUGCUCUAUUGUUUUUGGGGAUCGCUUUGACUAUGAGGACAAGGAAUUCCAGUCCCUCAUGGAGAUGAUACACAACGCUUUCCAGGAAAUGAGCUCCACCUGGUCCCAGCUUUAUGAUAUAUAUGUCAGCUUCCUGAAGUACUUUCCAGGGCCCCACAGCAGGGUACAUCACAUUUUGGAAGAAUUGAGGCUCUUCAUUGCCAAGAGAGUGAAGAAGAACCAAGAGACCCUUGAUUCUAACUCCCCACGCGACUUCAUCGAUUCCUUUCUCAUUCAGAUAGAAAAGGAAAAAGGGAAUCCAGAUAGUGGAUUUGAUAUCAAGAACCUGGAGCUCACCACCCUUUGUCUAUUCUUUGGGGGAACAGAGACAGUCAGUUCCACCUUGAGAUAUGGCUUCCUGCUUCUAAUGAAAUAUCCUAAGGUGCAAGCCAAAGUGCACGAUGAAAUUGAUCGAGUGAUUGGCCAUAAUCGUAUACCAAACAUUGAAGACCGAAGCCAGAUGCCGUAUACAGAUGCUGUCAUCCAUGAGAUACAGAGAUUUAGUGAUCUCUUACCUAUGAGUGUGGCCCACAUGGUUACUUGUGACACUGAAUUCAGAGGAUACUUCAUCCCUAAGGGUAUGAUAGUCUACCCGAUGCUGACCAGUGUUUUGCAUGACCCCACAAUGUUUAAAAGCCCCAAUGUUUUCAACCCAGAGAACUUCUUGGAUGAGAAUGGACGCUUCAAGACGAAUGAUGCCUUUGUGCCUUUCUCCUCAGGGAAACGGAUCUGUCUGGGUGAAUCAUUGGCCCGUAUGGAACUUUUCAUCUUCUUCACCACCAUCCUGCAGAGUUUCUAUCUGAAGUCCCUUGUGCCCCCCGAAGACAUUGAUAUCACUCCUCAGGAGUGUGGUUUUGCCACCAUUGCACCCUUAUACCAGCUCUCCAUCAUCCCACGCCGAGCAUGAGACCACUUUGCCUGGAGCUUUUGCAUAAGGUGCAUUCCAAGAGUCCACAAGAGGCUCUUACAUAUAGGUUGAUUAAAAAUCUUUCAUAUUUCACCCACACAUUUGAGUUUGUGGUAUAAGCUGCUAUUAAAAUCACGGCUUGGCAACAGGGAUGGCUUUGAUCAAUUCCAGCAUUUUCUGCUUUCUGAGAAAUCACAAGAGGAUGCCUCUUGAAUUUUAUGAAUGUAUGUUGAGUUAAGUGUUUAUAAAGUAUUGAGGAUGCCUUAAAAUGAUCUCAUCUGAAAUCACCUUAAUUCCACAGCUACAAAGUAUAGUUGGCCCUCUCUAUCCAUGGUUUCAAUCGCCCACAGCUUGAAAAUAUUUUUAAAAAUAAAUUAAAAAUCCAAAAAUUAAA